AUGGCUCAUGUAGCUCUAGAUGGUAAAUUGUCUUGUCCGAGUCCUUCUGGCAUUCCGAGUCCUUCCUUCCGACAGGAAAAGUUUUUCUUUCCGACAGGAAAGGUCCUUCCUUCCGACAGGAAAGGUCCUUCCUUCCGACAGGAAAAGUCCUUCCUUCCAACAGGAAAAGUCCUUCCUUCCAACAGGAAAAGUCCUUCCUUCCGACAGGAAAAGUUUUUCUUUCCUUCAGGAAAAAUUUUUCUUUCCUUCAGGAAAAAUUUUUCUUUCCUUCAGGAAAAAUUUUUCUUGUUGUCCGUCCGUAAACCAUUCAAAUUUUCGAAAAUUGAGAACUUUUUGGCCGGCCUUCAGGAAAAAUUUUUCUUUCCUUCAGGAAAAAUUUUUCUUUCCUUCAGGAAAAAUUUUUCUUUCCUUCAGGAAAAGUUUUUCUUUCCGACAGGAAAAGUUUUUCUUUCCGACAGGAAAAGUCCUUCCUUCCGACAGGAAAAGUCCUUCCUUCCAACUGGAAAAGUCCUUCCUUCCGACAGGACACAAACGAAUGUCCGACGUACCACCAACCGAGUCCAUUCCAAAGCCAGAAGAACCGACAGCCCCAGCACCACAACAGACUAA